AUGUUGUAUAUCAUGGAACGAAAAUUCAGGUUACUUAUUUUUGUUAAAAUUGCAUCGUUUAUUAUUUUAACUUGGACAUACUAUUUCAAGAGGGAUUUGUGUAUGUUUAACAAAAAUUUUUAUGAGAUCCACAAACUAACUGAAAAAAUAAAUGCAAGAAAAUAUAGAUUACUGGGAAAAUAUAGGCAAGGUAACAAUUUAAUUAUUGUAGGACUAAAAGAAGGAAUAUCAAAUAGUGGAAUGUGCAUAAGAGAAGAUUAUAUUUAUAACGAAAGAGAGACAAUAGGAAAAAAGAGGGAAUCAAAUAGAGAUACGUUAAAUAAUUCUAGAAAUAAUAAAGAAGCUACGAAAAAUAAAUAUUCUGUAUUUGGAGGAAACAGAUAUUCCUAUUUUGAAAAAAAAAUAUUCAACGAACUUGAUAAUAGAGAAUUUCUUGAAAAGAAUAAAACAAUUAGCAAUAGAACAUACAAAAAAAUAAAUUUUAAAAAACGUAAACCACGUUUUUCUUUAGGUUUAUUUUUUUCCAUAUUGAUUUUUCUGGUACCUUUAAUAGAUUUAUCCCUUUAUUUUGUGUGUGGAAAAGAUUUAUUAAGUACGUUAGGUCUUUUAACCGUUAGUGGUGGUCAUGAAGGUUAUUUCCCUAGAAUAGAAGAUGGGGCGUUAAAAAAUUUAUUAGGCUUAGAAAAUUAUAUGUUCAGGGAAGCAUUAAGAGUUUCUACUAUUCUAAAAUAUUGUAUUCCUAUAUUUAUAAUAUUUGUUUUUCUUGUAUUAGGUAUUGUUUUUUAUUAUAAAAAAGUUAUGAAAUAUGAAAAAAUAAAGUUCAGGGAAAAAUUAAAAGAAUAUUAA